ACACACAGAGAGAGAGAGAGAGAGAGAGAGAGAGAGACAGACAGACAGACACAUACACACACAGAGAGAGAGAGAGAGCGCGCGCGGUGUGUGUGUGUGUCGCUCGGUUCUGUCGGUGAUCUUCAGCCGGUUCUGUGUGUUUCCGUGCAGAUCUCACGCGUGUCGCUCACUCCUGGCGUCCGUGUGAGUGUGAAGAUGCUCUAGACACAUCUGCAUCUGCCUGUGACCUUUGACCCCUGACCGGAACACUGACCCGUGCCUGGCCGGAGUCCACCGCGCUCCAGAACCAUGUGAGGGCUUUUCAGUGCCUCUCUGAGCACCGCCUGUAACCCCGCCCUAGUGUAUACAAGCCCCACCCCUCAUUCUAGCCCCGCCCCUGCCCCUGAAGACACUGGCCAUGAUGUUCCGGGACCAGGUGGGGAUCCUGACGGACUGGUUUAAGGGCUGGAACGAGUGUGAGCAGACGGUGGCACUGCUGUCGCUGCUGAAGCGUGUCUCUCGGACGCAGGCCCGCUUCCUGCACAUCUGUCUGGACCACUGGCUGGCCGACUGCACCGAGAUACACAUACUGGAGGCAGAGGCCAACAAUGCAGCUGUGGUCAGUCAGUGGCAGCAGGAGCCCAAAGAGAAGGCCGUGUCGCUGCUGCUAUCCCAUCUGCCCCUGCUGCAGCCGCGCAACAGUGAAGCUAAGUGUGAGUACAUGAAGCUGCUGCAGAUGGUCCUGAGCCACACCAUCGAGAGCAGUCUGUUCGUGGAGGAGAGUCGCCAGCUGCUGUCCUACGCCCUCAUCCACCCGGCCACCACCCUCGAUGACCGUAACUCUCUGGCCCUGUGGCUCAAUCACCUGGAGGAGCACCUGUCCUCACGGCCGCCUCCGCCCGGCCCGUACCACCAUCACACCCGGCAGGGCUCCGACGAGUGGCCCUGCUCCGCCGAGGCUCUGGAGCCGGCGUACGGCUGGCAGGAGAAGCUGUCGUCCAGCUGCAGUUCACCGGCCGGACAGAACGGACACAUGGCUUUCCCAGGAACGGGUGGAGUGACCUCACCGGUCAACAGCAGCACAGGACUGUCCGGUCAGGUGCAGCCGAGCCCACUCAAGCCCUCCAUGUCACUCACACCCUCCAAUCAGUCGGCCUGCAGCUCUGAUUGGCUGAGCCAGGAGGAGGGGGGCGGGUGUCAGGGCGUGUCCGGAGCAGAACACGCCCCUCUGUCUCCGCAGAGCAGUGUGGCAUCUUCAGGCAGCGAGCAGACGGAGGAGCAGAGCAACGCACGCAACACUUUCCAGGAGGACGGCAGCGGGAUGAGAGACGUGCCGGCCUGGCUGAAGAGUCUCCGACUGCAUAAAUAUGCGUCGCUCUUUUCUCAGAUGACGUACGAAGAAAUGAUGAUCCUCACAGAGCAGCACCUGGAGUCACAGAACGUGACGAAGGGAGCUCGACACAAGAUCGCUCUGAGCAUCCAGAAGCUGAGAGAGCGACAGAGCGUCCUCAAGUCUCUAGAAAAGGAUAUUCUGGAAGGCGGGAACGUUCGGAAUGCUUUACAAGAGCUUCAGCAGAUCAUCAUCACGCCAAUCAAAGUCUAUGCCCCGCCCACUGCUGCCCAGAAGGAGGUGGAGCCUGUCGAUAAAGCAGCCAAUCCCUGUGAAGAGAAGGAGGGCGAGGGCUUCCAGACCCACAAUCCUCCAGCGUGUGACGGAGAGUCAGCGUCUGCACCCGUCGGUGACGGAGACAUCGCAGGACAGUUCACACGUGUGAUGGGGAAAGUGUGCACACAGCUGCUGGUGUCCAGACCGGACGAGGAGAACAUCAGCUGUUACCUGCAGCUCAUAGAGAAGUGUGUGACACACGAGGCGUUUACAGAGACGCAGAAGAAGCGGCUGUUGUCAUGGAAACAGCAGGUGCUGAAGUUGCUCCGCCUCUUCCCGCGGAAGACCGUGAUUGACAGCGGUGUGUACCGGCGAAGCUGGCAGCAGUACGGGUCGAACUCUCUGCCCACAGCUGGAUCUGUGAGCGCAGGCUUGAGCCGCCGGGGACAGAGACCCUUCCAGAUGCCCCCCCGAGGAGCUCCUCCAGCCGGACGCAUGAGUCUGAUGAGCGCUGGGGGUCUGACCGGAGCAUCCCCCCGACACUCGCUCACUAACCCCCCCGCGGUCAGCGCACAGGGCCGACAGAAUCUGUGGUUUGGGAAUCCUGGAGGCAGUAACAGCAUGCCGAGCCAGAGCAGAAGUUCAGUGCAGAGAACUCACUCACUUCCUGUUCACACGUCUCCUCAGACCAUGCUCCUGUUCCAGCAACAAGAAUGCCAAGUUCCAGGGACUGAUCUGGAGAUCAACCCCACGCUGGAGUCUCUGUGCCUCAGCAUGACAGAGCACGCCUUAGGAGAUGGAAUGGACAGAACGUCGACGAUAUGAGACUCAAGCCGGUGAAAGAACUGAAUGAUGACUGCGCUGUGCUCCAGUAGCUCAGCACACACACACACACACACACAAACUACACGAGUCACUACAGACCACACACAACUAACUGUGUAUAUGUUCUCUAAUAUUUUUCUACUUUAUUGUACUUAACUAAGUUUAUUAUAAAGGAAAUACAGAAACUAUUAUAUUGCGGAACUGAGAUCAGGAUGAGCGUCAUUAGCUGGAGGUGUGUGACCGCGAGGAAUGAUGGUGCUUCUGGUCUGAGCGAGACCUUCUGCUGAGCGCGGUCAGUAGCCGUUCGUUUACAUCCACUUCCUGUGUCCAUCUGCCUGCAUGACCUCUCACCCUCACGACUUCAGGCAUCCCUGUGUUUAUCUGUUAUGAUGCGUUCUUAUUUCUGGCCAGGUACAAGAGGUUUCUUAGCACUUACACGUGAGAUGUUUACCAGUGCAUCACUACAGCCGCCAGCUUUUCUUCAGUUUGUAAAUACGCAGGUAUAGGAAAAUCAUAAUAUGACCCGAGAGACUUUAUCCAAAUGAUUUUUAUAAACAGAUCUAUGAAGUAAAGACGUGAGGCGUGGCCACUGAGAGAUCGAGCUGUGCUCGUCUGUAGCUCCGCCCCUCCAUGACUGACAGGGACGUCCACCAAUGACAGACUCCGCCUCCUACUGACUGAUGCAAAAAUCCACCAAUCAGAUUCCAUUUCAUCGUCGAUGUCAUCUUUUAUUUCCUCCUGGCUUCACAGAAUCGACCAAUCGCAGUGGUGCUUUCUUUGGAUUCAUUUGUGGUGUGUUUUCUUUGAAUGGUACAGUCUGUGAAAAUCCCAUUCGGCCUUAUCAGAGCAUCCGAGCGCUUUGUGUGUGUGUUUUAUACGUCUCUCAGACGCUGCUCUGUGUCUAGUAAAACUGUAUUGACUGAAAAA